UCCCUCCUGUCUCACUCCUUCCCUCGCCUCCUUCAGGGCACAUCUUAAGAUAAUCAUCUUCAACUACACCUUCCUUCCCUUACCCUCCCUUCCCUCCACCUUGUUGACUUCAUUUCCCUACCUUCAUCUCCUGAAGGCAGCACUUCAUUCUGGAGCAGGCCAUCCUUCAUAUGCAAGACAUAAAUGUUGCUGGCUCUUCAGACACAGUUCCUCAGACCCCCUGUCUUCAGAUCCAGUUCCAGCAGAAAUCACUGCAAAACAACCAGACUCGGACUGAUUGCCAUCUCCUCUUCCUUCAAGCCAGGGAACACUGAGACCAUUUGCAGCACCCUCACUGCUAAUCAGCAGAGAAUAGACAUUUAACCUGGGACCUUUGUGAUCCAUGUGACAACAUUUCACACCACAUGGUUCAUUGACUCACUCAGCUAUUGGUGCAAUUUGGUGCUCUGUGGUUUGGCUGGAAGCUGGAUGCCAAUUACCUUAAGUAGAACAAUCAGUGUGUAAAUCAGCAUAUUUUCAAAAGCAAUUUCUUUUAUUGAAGAAAGACAGGAUUUCAAAAUGGAAACAGCAAUCCUCAAUUUGUGAACUCACUCGGCGAUUCAAUUCAUUGCCUCAAAAAGUGCGUCUGUCUGGAAACAUUGCAAGGCAUGUGGGGCCUGGAUCGUCGCAGGCAAAUCCAUCGCUUAACUUUCUUAAUCAGCUCCCAACACACAUUUAAGACGGCUUCCCAAAAAAAAUCAGAACCAUUCUUGGAUUAAAAUGCACGAUUGUAGAAAAUGCAUGUUAUUAACGUCUGCGUAUUGCCUGCCCCUCAGGGAGCACUGAGCCCGCAGGUACAUUACGACGAGGGACAAAAGUAAUCCCAACGGGAGGUUGCAGGCUUGGUUUGCAGAAGACAUGGCUUCCUUAGGCUGCGGUUUGCUCACGUCCGUUGCCAGAUCAAGAGGAGCUUACCUUCUCACUCCGAGCACCGUCUGCACAUACUCUGCUUCGGUGCUGGUUCUGCACGUGCGGGACUUUUGUUCAAACCGAACAUGUCUCAGGGAAAAAGAACUGGAGAGGAUCCUUUCUCCUUCUCUGUGCUGCCUUCUACCUCACCUGCACACCUCUCUGGUCCCUGUACGCAAACUGCACAGGUCAAAUCAGUGGCUGCAGGAAAAGAAAGCGGACGCAGACACUAGCAAGGCAGACGCAGGCUCCGAUGACUUGGCUGCUGUGCCCAAGUCAGACGAAAAGGAGCUGGUGCAGAAAAGCUUGCCCCAAAAAGUUAUCCAAGAACUGAAACAUUACUACAAUGGGUUCCGGUUGCUUUGGAUCGACACCAAGGUGGCGGGUAGGAUGGUCAACCGGUUACUGCAUGGCCAGCAGCUGACCCGCAGGGAGAGGCGAAGGUUCCUGCGGACAUGCGCUGACCUCUUCCGCCUCGUUCCCUUUAUGAUCUUCAUCAUCGUGCCUUUCAUGGAGUUCCUGCUGCCCUUCUUCUUAAAGCUUUUCCCGGAAAUGUUGCCGUCAACGUUCGAGAUACCGUCAAAAGAGAAAGAAAAGCAGAGGAAGACGCUGGCAGCCAAACUCGAGAUUGCAAAAUUUCUCCAGGAUACGAUCGCAGAAAUGGCGAAGAGGAACAAGGCUGAGAGCGGCGAUGUUACAAAACAAUUUUCCACCUACGUUCAGCAGAUCCGUCGCUCCGGGGAGCAGCCGAGCACCCAGGACAUUGUGCGCUUCUCCAAGCUGUUCGAAGACGAGUUGACACUCGAGCACCUGAACCGGCCUCAGCUCGUGGCUCUCUGCCGACUGCUGGAACUCCAGCCCCUCGGCACCAACAACCUGCUCCGUUUCCAACUCCUCAUGGAACUCAGCUCCAUCAAGGCAGAUGAUCAGAUGAUUGCCAAGGAGGGCACCGAGGGGCUGACCGUGACCGAGCUUCAGAUAGCCUGCAGAGCGAGGGGCAUGCGAUCACUGGGAGUCACAGAGCAGCAGCUUCGGGAACAGCUCAAUCAGUGGCUCGAGCUGCACCUGAAGGAGAAUGUGCCUCCAUCACUCCUCCUACUCUCUCGUGCGAUGUAUCUGACUGAACUCAAGCCAAAACCUAUCAUGGAGAUCAUGCCAAAAAUUGAGUUGGGUAUCACCAGUUCUCCUACGCUAGAGAAUCCAGAAGUCAAAGAGAAACGGAAACCAGACAUUCCUGACGCUCUCCAGGACUUGGCCCCAACAUUAAAAGGCAUCAAGGGGGAAGAAAUAACAGAAAAGGCGUCCGAGCCAUUGUCAAAGAAACUUCCGCCAAUUGUACCGGGCAGCACGGUGGAAGAGGUAGCAGAAAAGGCAUCAGAGGCAUUACCAAAGAAACCUCCUCCGCCUCCGACUGCACCAGGCAGUACUGUAAGGUUGGUCUUCCUAAACCCGAAAACCAAUCCAAGGCCAGUGCAAACGGAACGUGAGAGGUGCUGCGAGCCAACAGUGCGAAGCAGCCCCUCACCUCUGAGACUCACCACAGUGGCUGCUUCCACGUAUCAGACAGCAUUCAGGACUGGCCCACGUGGAGCUCGCUGUCCCGUCGCCAGGCUGGUGCUUCCCUCCCUCUCUCAUUGAACCUCGGGGAGCUCCUCGUGCCCAGGAUAGACCCUGUGAAAGGCCCCGACUGCACUUGAAAACGAUCACCGGGAAGUCAAGCAGCCAGGAACAGUAAGCCAUCGGUAAGCCUCCGCCGUGUGUCUCACCCGCCACGAGACGGUGAGGUGGGAAUCGAAAGAGGCAAAAAUCACCCCAUCGCACAGCUCCGUCUGAGUGGAUUGUUGCUGCCUGCGCAGAGUUCACAACACGUUCUGUGGCUAUGUUUAUCGGAAAUGUGGCGUUCAUUCACAGUGUAUGGCGCUGGCUAAGAAAGAUAAACCCACACUCCAAGCCAGGCUAGUCCGUGCUCCUCUGAAUUGAACUCCUGGGGGCGGGGGCGGUGUGGAGACACAGUUAGCCAGACUCCAGACACACGACACUAACUCUUAACUCCAAUCAUACUCUCCACUCAAACCAGGCCAGAACUUGGUUCAUUGCUCUCGAGCCAGAAACUCCGAACACACCUGUCCCGCAGUCUCCUCCAACAGAAAGCCUGGGGAGUCUGACUUGCUGGUCUGUCUGUCUGUGCGUCUCUCACCAGGCAGAGCAGCAGAAUCUCGCUUCACUCCCAUCCAGAGGUGACAAACGGGGAGGGAGUCACAAAGAGUGGGGGAGAGAGAGGAGGGGACAGGAGAAUGUCCUUUCUGGAUGUAAUGUUUUGCUAAAUUUGGUGGAUUUCCCCCUUUGCACUUGUAAAGAAUCUUACCCCACAUUUCUAAUCUAAUAUGUCGUUGAUAUUAUGCAUCAUUCGGAAACGGUUUACAGUGGGUUAUAAGCAUACAGACUGGGACAUAUUUGCUAAAUACUGAACAGAGAAGAACAGCGCUCAGUCCACACUCCUGAAUCUGCCACAUGGGGUAUAGGGGAUGCCCCAUAAAAGGGGGAAUCACCUCCCACUCCA